CCAGCUCUUACUCUUUUUCCGAUUCUUAUUGCUUGUUGAUAUGCAGAGCAACAAUGAACGCAAGUCAGUGGCUACAGUCUCUUCCAUCCUUCUAUAAAUGCACCAUAUGUGCUACUGCAAGAAAUCACAGCUCAAGUCUCACGCAUACAUCUACUAUAGCAUAUGGCUCCUCUAGGAACUCUGAGUUCAUCAGUGCUCCUGGCCACUGUCCUGUCCUUCCUCUCGAGCUUCCUUCUCCCUGCCUUUCCACUUGAUAGCACAGCACUGCAUAGUGACCUCCAAACCCUUCUUUGCCUCAAGGUCCAUCUCUCUGACACUGCCGGGCUUCUAGCCUCAUGGAAGAAUGAUUCCCUUCAAUUUUGCAGUUGGGCUGGUGUUAGUUGCAGCAGGAGGCACAGAUCUCGCGUUGUUGCCCUGGACCUCGGGUCGUUUGAGCUCAAUGGCCAAAUACCUGCUUGUAUUGCCAAUCUCACUUUCCUCGAAAGAAUCCACUUCCCAAAUAACCAGCUCAGUGGUUCGAUUCCUCGUGAGCUUGGCCAACUAAAUAGGCUGCAGUACCUUAACCUCAGCUCGAACGAUCUCAGUGGUGUGAUCCCGGACACACUGUCGUCCUGUUCUCGCCUUCAGAUCGUUGAUCUUGGGAGAAACUCCCUCCAAGGUGAGAUUCCUCCAAACCUGAGCCAAUGCUUAAAUCUUCAGAAGCUCAUCUUGCAGCAUAAUGGACUCAGUGGAGGUAUCCCAGAAGGGCUGGGGAUGCUCCACAAUCUUUCAAUUUUGAAUCUUGCUAGAAAUAGUCUGACGGGAAACAUUCCUCCUUCACUUGGAUGCAAAUCUUCUCUUAGAUCUGUUGUUCUUACAAACAAUAGCCUCACCGGACCAAUCCCGUCUCUCCUAGCUAAUAGUUCAUCACUUCAAGUGUUGGACUUAACACACAAUCAUCUCGGUGGAGAGAUUCCAUAUGCUCUGCUAAAUAGUAGAUCACUUAAAACAAUAAGACUUGGGUUGAACAACUUUGUUGGGUCAAUACCUGUUUUCUCGCACACUGACUCUCCCUUGGAGUAUCUCAUUUUGACAGCAAAUAAUCUUUCAGGCUCCAUACCUUCUUCAUUAGGGAAUUUAUCUUCCCUUUGCCAGCUCUUGCUUGCAUACAACAAUUUUCAAGGUAGCAUCCCGAUGAGUAUAGGUAAAAUUCCAAACCUGCAAGUGCUGGACCUGACUUACAACUUUUUGUCAGGAACUGUCCCAACCUCUCUUUACAACAUGUCAGCACUCACAUACCUUGGCAUAGGCAUCAAUGGCCUUGUGGGGGAAAUUCCACAUAACGUAGGGUACACCCUUCCAAGCAUCCAAAAAUUGAUUUUUCAAGGAAACCAAUUCCAAGGCCAAAUCCCUGCUUCACUAGCAAACGCAACCAAUCUUAUGUUGAUUGAUCUAGAAGAUAAUGCAUUCCGUGGAACUGUUCCUUCUUUGGGUUCACUUCCAAACUUGGUGGAACUGGAUCUAGGCAUGAAUCAGCUCGAAGCUGGAGAUUGGUCUUUCCUUACCUCACUAGCCAAUUGCACACAGUUGGUCGACUUAUCUUUAUCAACAAACAAAAUCCACGGAACAUUGCCAAGUUCCAUUGGUGGUCUUUCAAACAGCUUGGAAGUUUUGCGGUUGACAGAAAAUAACAUAUCUGGGACAAUACCACCAGAGAUAGGGUCCCUCAUAAACCUUAGGAUUCUUUACAUGGAGAAAAAUCUAUUUACCGGAAGCCUCCCAGACACACUCGGAAAACUUUCAAGGUUGUAUGGACUAAGCUUAUCUCAAAACAAACUUUCUGGACAAAUACCACAUUCAAUCGGUAACCUUAGUCAACUGAGCGAACUCUAUUUGCAAGAAAAUAAUUUGAGUGGACAAAUCCCCGGAGUAAUAGGACACUGCAAAACAUUGUUCAAUUUAAACCUUUCUUGUAACAGCUUUAGUGGAAGCAUACCGAAGGAUCUGACUGCAGUUUCUACCCUUUCUAAAGGUUUUGACCUAUCUCACAACCAACUCUCCGGACCAAUACCACUGGAGAUUGGUGACCUGAUAAAUCUUGGCACCCUCAACAUUUCCAAUAACCAAUUGUCUGGACAGAUUCCCUCCACUCUAGGCCAGUGUGUCCAAUUGGAGUCCCUCCACAUGGAAGGUAACCUUCUUGAUGGAACAAUCCCUGAAUCUUUCACAGAAUUGAGGGGCAUCAUCGAGAUAGACCUUUCUCGAAAUAAUCUUUCUGGAGCAAUACCUAAACUAUUUGAGUCUCUCAGCUCCUUGAACCUUCUCAAUUUGUCCUUCAACAACCUCGAAGGACCAGUACCAAUAGGUGGGAUAUUUCAAAAUGAAAGCGAGGUGUUCAUUCAAGGGAACAAAAAGUUAUGUGGGAGCACUCCAUUGCUAAAGUUGCCACUUUGUCAUGCAGAGACCUCCAGACAAAAGCACACUUCCAAAAUCCUUAAGAUGGUAGGACUCAGUGCUCUUUCUUUGGCCUCACUAUCAUGUUUAGUGGUUGUUCUUUUGAAGAAGAGGAAAAAAUUCAAACAAGCAUCCCAUCCGUGCUGCAAGGAAUUGAAGAAGUUAUCAUAUUCUGAUUUAGUCAAAGCAACAAAUGGUUUCUCCUUAGGCAACUUGGUUGGUUCAGGGAAAUAUGGAUCAGUGUACAAAGGUAUACUUGAAUUUGAAGAACAGGAAGUUGCUAUCAAAGUUUUCAAACUUGAUCAACUUGGAGCACCAAAAAGCUUUCUUACUGAAUGUGAGGCAUUGAGGAAUACUCGUCAUCGUAAUCUUGUUAAGGUGAUUACUGCAUGCUCCACAUAUGAUCCUGCAGGGAAUGAGUUCAAAGCUCUUAUUCUUGAUUACAUGACAAAUGGUAGCCUAGAGAGCUGGCUCCAUCCGAAACUGAACCAGUACUGUUUGAAUACCCCAUUGAGUUUGGGCUCCAGAGUACUGAUAGCAAUGGACACAGCUUCUGCCUUGGAUUAUUUACACAACCACUGCGUGCCCCCAAUAGUCCACUGUGAUUUGAAGCCCAGCAAUGUUCUUCUAGAUAAUGUCAUGGGUGCACGUGUUGGUGAUUUUGGGUUGGCUAAGUUUCUUCACAGUUAUAGUUCUUCAAGUAUUAAUAGUUCUACAAGCGUAGUGGGACCAAGAGGAUCAAUUGGAUACAUUGCACCAGAGUAUGGUUUUGGGGGCGAAAUCUCAAGAGAAGGAGAUGUUUAUAGCUAUGGAAUUAUCAUCUUAGAACUGCUAACAGGGAAGCGGCCCACGGAUGAAAUGUUUCAGGAUGGUUUGAGCCUUCACAAAUUUGUGAAAAAGGCUUUUCCUCAAAAUAUUGACGAGAUUGUAGAUCCAAAUAUCAUUCCAAAUUUCGAUGAUGAAGAUGACGGCCAUAAUUUAGACAAUGAAAAUCAUCCAAUGGCCGGAAUGAUGAGCUGCGUCAUGCAGCUUGUUAAGCUUGGUCUCUCAUGCUCUGUUGAGACACCCAAAGAUCGGCCAACAAUGCAGGAUGUUUAUGCUGAAGUCACCGCAAUCAAAGAAGAAUUUUCAGCGCUAUGCGGUUGAGGAACAAGACAAUUUUCUGUUAUUCACAUAUUACUGGUGCAUGAUGGCCUAUUCAGAAAGCCUUUUACCCUAGAAACCAUUUACGUUGUGUGAGUUGCGUUCCAUUUCGGUACUGAUUUGGGUUUGUAAUGUAUCAGAACUUCUAAACAUUUGUUAUGAAAUAAAGUUUAUCAUCGGAACUCCA